AUGCUGAGGAUGUUAUCUUGGUCAAAACUUGCAGUGGUUCUUUGUCUCCUGGAAGUCCUCUGCAUCACUGCUAAUAUAGACAGUGGCAUCUUCCUCAUCUUUAACCAGGACCACAACAAAUGCAUAAAGGUAGAGAGUGCCACAUCAGUAACCUUGGAUCGAUGUGACCCCCAUGCCAAGGGGCAGCAGUUUCGAUGGGCCUCUGAAUCUCGCCUCCUUAGUUUGUCCCUCAAGUUGUGUUUGGGUGCUGCAGAGAUAAAAGACUGGGUGAAGGUGCUCCUCUUCGAAUGCGACGAGAGCAGUGUUCUUCAGCAUUGGCAGUGCAGGAAUGAGACCCUCUUUGGCCUUAAAGACCAGGACCUGCACCUGAACUGGGGUAACUUCAAGGAGAGGAAUAUAAUGAUCUACAAAGGUUCAGGGAUAUGGAGUCGCUGGAGGAUAUUUGGCUCUCAGGGGGACCUUUGUUCAAAGGGGUAUCAAGAGAUUUUCACCCUAGGUGGCAAUACGUUUGGAGCACCUUGUCAGUUCCCAUUUAAGUUCCAGGAGAAAUGGUACGCUGAAUGCACAAAGGAAGGUCGCACAGAUGGGCAGCUAUGGUGUGCAACAGCGAGAGAUUAUGAAAAAGAGAAGAAGUGGGGGUUUUGUACAACUGGAGCAUCGUAUGGUUGGGACACAGACCCAGUCACAGGGGUUCAGUAUCAGAGGAACACACAGGCAGCGCUGACGUGGCAUCAGGCCAGGGUGAGCUGCCAGCAGCAGGGAGCGGACCUCCUCAGCAUCGUAGAGCUACAUGAACAGUCGUACAUUUCAGGGCUAACAAAUCAGGUGGGAAGUUCUCUGUGGAUUGGGCUGAACAGUUUAGAUUUUGAGAGCGGAUGGCAGUGGAGCAAUGGAAACCCAUUCAGAUAUUUAAACUGGGCUCCUGGCCAACCAUCCUCGGAGCCAGGACUCACUUGUGCAGCGUUAAAUGCUGCAAAAGCCUCAAAAUGGGAGAGCAGCGCCUGCAACAAAAAACUUGGUUUUAUUUGUCGCAAAGGAAACUCAACGAGUCUGCCUCCUUCACCAAGUAAAGGGCCCAGCUUUUGCCCCAGUCAUUGGGUUCCUUAUGGAGGAAACUGUUACUACCUGGAGAGGAAUAAAAAGAUGUGGAAGGAUGCUCUGGCUGCGUGCCGCAAGGACGGAGCAGAUUUGGCCAGCAUACACAAUAUAGAGGAGCAGAGCUUCAUCAUUUCUCAGACUGGAUACUCAAAGACAGAUGUGCUCUGGAUUGGUCUGAAUGAUCAGAGGAACCAGAUGCUGUUUGAAUGGUCCGAUCACUCCCACGUCACCUUUACCCAGUGGCAGAGUGAUGAGCCUUCUCACGCCAUCAACCACCAAGAAGACUGUGUCCUCAUUCGGGGAAAGGAUGGAAAGUGGGCAGAUCACACGUGUGAAAGGAUGUAUGGGUAUAUCUGUAAGAAGAAAGGCUCCACAAAACCAGCUGAAGGUGCUCAAGAGGAGGUCAACCCAGGAUGCAAGCUUGGCUUUGCCAGAUUUGGCUCAUACUGUUAUAAGAUUGGAGCAGAAACCAAAACUUUUGAAGAAGCAAAACGAGCAUGCUCAGAAGUUGGAGCUAACCUUGUGGAUGUGGCGGAUAGAUAUGAGAAUGCUUUUCUCGUCAGUUUGGUGGGACUGAGACCAGAGAAGUAUUUUUGGACAGGUUUUUCCAACAUGGAAGACAAACAUACCUUUGAAUGGACAACGAAAAGAAAAGUCACUUUCACUCAUUUCAAUGUGGGCAUGCCAGCCAGAAAACAAGGAUGUGUUGCCAUGACAACCGGGAUUUUUGCUGGCUUAUGGGAUGUAGUCAGCUGCAGCAGUAAAGAGAAGUAUAUUUGCAAGAAGCUGGCUGAGGGUGCACCAAUGACCACAGUUCCCCCUAUCACCCCAGCCCUGAGCUGUGCUUCUGGAUGGACCCCCAUUGCCGAAAGGAAUACUUGUUACAAAAUUUACACCAAAAUGAAAGAACAACAGAAAAAUUGGCAGGAAGCACAGGACUUCUGUAAGGUCAUAGGUGGAGACCUGAUGAGCAUACACAGUAUGACGGACCUUAAAACUUUACCAAUGUUUGGCUCCAAUGUCUGGAUAGGCCUCAGACUAAAGGGUGCCAACGAAGGUUAUGUUUGGAGUGAUGACUCACCUUUUGGCUUUGAGAACUGGGGCUUUGGAGAACCAAACAACUACAACGACAACGAACAUUGUGCAGAAAUGAAGUUUUCCUAUGGACGUCAUUGGAAUGAUAUAUUCUGCGAGAACUAUAACGACUGGAUCUGCCAGAUACGAAAAGGUGUGACUCCCAAACCUGAGCCAGCUAUAACUGUUGAAGUAUUCAACACCACAGAAGAUGGAUGGCUCAUAUACAAUGACAGCCAAUACUACAUCAACAAUGAUAUCUUACCGAUGGAAGCUGCCAGAGCCUACUGCAAGAAAGGCUUUGGUGAACUUGCAGUCCUAACAGGGGAGAGUGAGAGGAAGUUCCUCUGGAAAAAUAUAGCAAAAGGUUCUCAAAACCAGUACUACAUUGGCAUGAUGGUGAAUUUGGAUAAAUCUUUUAGCUGGGUAGAUGGAACACCUGUAACUUACACUGCAUGGGAACACAAUGAACCCAACUUUGCAAACAAUGAUGAAAAUUGUGUGACGAUGUACAAAAGCAUGGGUUAUUGGAAUGACAUAAAUUGUGGUUUUAAGCUUCCGUCCAUUUGCAAAAGAAGCAGCAGUUUUAUCAAUGCAACAAUAGUACCAACGGCAGUUCCUAGAGGAGGAUGUGCGCCCGAGUGGCUUGCUUUUCAAGGAAAGUGCUACAAAUUUUUUACGAGUGACAAGAAGAACUGGGAGGAUGCCAGGACAAAUUGCAUUCAAGAAGGAGGUAAUGUGGUGUCCAUAGUCAACGAGAAGGAGCAAGCAUUCUUAACAACACAGAUGUUAUACUACAGUGACGAUCUGUGGAUUGGAAUGAAUGAUGUCAACUGGGAGAUGCAUUUUGUGUGGACAGAUGGCAAAGGCAUUUCAUACACCAACUGGGCCAAAGGGCACCCUUCAGCUGAUGGGCGUUAUUUUAAUGACGAGGUGUUUGACUGCGUGAUCAUGGUAGGCAGCACCAAAAAGCUGCAAGGACAGUGGAAGGUGGAGGACUGUAGUGCAAAACAUAGCUUCAUCUGCAAAAAAAAUGUUGACCACCAGAUUGUAGUUCCACCCACCACUGUCUCACCAAAGACCUUUUACAAGAUAGGCAAUGACUCCUACAAAGUGGUGACUCAGAAGAUGAGGUGGGAUGAGGCUCGGAGACUGUGUCAGGCAGAUGAUGCUGAUCUGGCCAGUAUCCUAACCCCUGUAAUCCAGGCAUACAUCACCUUGCAGAUUUCCAAGCUCAAAGAGCCUAUCUGGAUUGGCCUCAAUAGCAAUGUGACAGGGGGUCGCUACAAGUGGGUUGACAACUGGCUUCUCUCCUACACAAAAUGGGGCAAGAAUGAGCCAAAAAGGAACUAUGGUUGUGUGUAUAUAGAUGUGGACCACACAUGGAAGACAUCACCGUGCACCACGACCUACUAUUCUAUUUGCAAAACAUCUCCAGAGGUAGCUCCGACGGAGCCGCCACAGCUUCCUGGCAACUGUCCAGAGUCGAAGAAACAAAGACCAUGGAUACCUUUCAGAGGUCAUUGCUAUGCUUUCUUAAGCUCAAUGGUGGACAACUGGGCCCAAGCCUCAGUUGAAUGUCUGAAAAUGGGUGCAUCUUUAGUGAGCAUCCAAGACCCAGUUGAGGAGAAGUUUAUACAGCAGACUAUUGAACUUCUGCAGGAUAGUGCAAAAUCUUUCUGGAUUGGUCUUUACAAGUCUCAUGACGAUGAGUGGAUGUGGAUUGAUAACAGCAUUGUGGACUACACCAACUGGAAAACAGGAAUGCCAAAGUCAGACUUGUGUGUGAACAUCCAUUCUGACAGUGGACAAUGGAGCACAACCACCUGCAGCAGAUACAGGUCUUACAUCUGCAAAACACCUAAAACUAUAAAAGCCACAGAAAAGGUUCCAUCUGCUGCUCCUGUCAUUCAAGAAGCUUCACAUGGAUCUGCUGGCAUCACCGUGGCUGUGGUGCUGACGAUAAUUGCCAUUGCUGGACUCGGUGCCUUCCUGCUUUUCCGCAAACGGAUACAAAUACCCACUCCUGCUCUUGGAGACUGCACCUUUGACAACAAUUUAUACUUCAACAAUCUGACCCGAGCUCCCGUAGACACUAGAGGCCUGGUGGACAAUAUAGAGCAGAAUGAGCAAGCAUAGGAAGAUACUGUAUGUGAAAUGCUGAUCCGCACAAAAGAGAAAUGAUCCAGAGUAUUUAUGUGGUAGUCUCAUCAUUUUCAGAA